AUGAGUCGGCCUGGGACACCUACCUCACCACCUUCACCACCUUCGCCUUCGUUCAUCUCUAAUGGCGCUCGAGACUCGGCUUCACCUUCGUUUGUCUCUCAUGGAGCCAGAGACUCGUCCGCGUCUUCUGCAUACUUUGUUAAUAGUCAAGCCAGAGACUCGGCAUCAUCUUCUGCAUACUUUGUUAAUAGUCAAGGUGGAUCUUCAGUCAAUUUACUACAAUACCCUCGACCGACCUAUCUUCAUCACAACUCUUCGUCAUCCUCACUAACAUCUGAUUUCGAUGGUGCAACUAUUUGCCAAACACCCAACCCAGAGAAGGCCUUUGAGAAACCCUGGGUAGAGGGUGAGCUUACACCGAACAAGUUCAAAAGGUUCAACGGCAGCACAAAUUCCUUCUUCAAACAUUUCGAACCCUCAUCAUACUCGAUCGAAACGUUGAACAAGAACGACGAUGUGGAUCUCCUUUCUCCAUGGCGCCGGAGACUCUAUCGUCUAUCGCCUCUAUUCACAUUCCUCGCUUGCGCAUCGUACUUCCUCUACUACGCCUACAGAAUUCAUUGCACGAUCGUAGCUCAAAGAUCAUAUCACAAGACUUAUGUGAUGGCAUGGCUAUUCAUUUCCGCCGAGGGUUGUGUUGCUUGUCCGGCGCUACUUCAUCAAAUGUAUCAAAUGCUGUCCAUUCGUGGCCGUACUCGCCCUAAGCUUCGGAUCAGAGGAAACGACGUUCCAACUGUUGAUGUAUUCGUAACUUGCUGUAAAGAAGAUGUCGAUAUUGUUUUGGACACCACUCGCGCAGCAGCAGCUGUUGAUUAUCCACAAGAUCGUUUCCGAGUUGUCGUUCUUGAUGACGGCAAGGACCCCGAAUUAGAGAAAGCUAUCGAAGACCUGAGCGACGAGUAUCCAAAUGUUUACUACCACGCUAGAGUCAAGGUCAAGGGCAAGCCGCAUCAUUUCAAAGCCGGUAACCUGACUGGAGGAACGGAACGGGUCUCUCAGCUUGAGAACGGGCAUGCUGAGUUCAUCGCUGCAUUGGAUGCUGAUAUGAUUCCUGAGCCUGACUGGUUGCGCGCUAUCAUUGCUCACAUGGUCAACGAUGAGAAGAUGGGGUUGGUCUGCCCGCCUCAGUUGUUCUACAAUGUCCCAGACAAUGACCCUCUCUGUCAAUCCCUCGAUACCUUCGUCCAUGUCAUGGAGCCUACCAAAGAUGCCAACGGCGUAGCAUGGUGCACCGGAUCCGGCUACGCCAUCCGCCGCAAAGCCCUCGAAGACAUAGGAGGUUGGCCCGUCGGCUCCCUCGCCGAAGAUACCUUCACCUCCUCCCUCCUCCUCGGCCACGGCUGGAAAACCGCCUUCUGCCACGAAGCCCUGCAAUACGGCACCGUGCCCGACACCUUCACCGGCCACCUGAAGCAACGCACGCGCUGGACCCUCGGCACGCUCCAAACGGCCGUCAAACUGCGCUUCUGCCUCUGGGGCGACAUGGUCAAAGGAAUGGGCUUCUUCGCCCGCCUCUCAGCCUUCGUCUUCGCCAUCGACGCCUUCUUCAAGAUCUUCCUCGUCAUCGCCCUCCUCACCAUCCCCAUCGUGCUCAUCUCCGGCGGCCAGCUGGUCGCCUAUUCAACCCAGGCCCAGCUGCGCUGGCAAAUCCGUCUUGGAUUCGCGAACCUGAUCCUCACCCGCCUCAACGAGUGGAUCACCUACCUCCCCUCCGGCUACCGUCUCGCGCAGCGCGACACCGGCGCCCAGAUGUGGAUGGCGCCCUACCACGCCAUGACCAUCAUCCGCUCAUUCAUCCUCCCCUCCUGGCUCGGCGGGAAAAGCAUGGCCUUCUCCUCCUCGGGAUCCAUAAAAUCGGAUCUCGACGAGCGCAACCCUCGGACCCGCGCCCCGCUGUUCAGAAGACUCAAAGUCAUGCUCUGGGACUGCGAUCUCUACCUCCACCUCCUGUACGUCCUCUUCGUCAUCGCGGCCGUCGCGUACUCGACGACCAUCGGCGUUCUGCGGGCGGAGAAUAUCCAUAAAUUAUUCAUAUACCUGCUCACGCAUGCGUUCUGGCCGCCGAUGUUAUGGUUGAUUUGCGUGACGGCGUGUUGUGAGCCGCUCCGGUAUGCGGUGUGGCCGCCGACGAUGCCGGAGCGGGAGGAGUUGCUGGAUAGGGAUCCCGAGACGCAGAUUGCGCGGCCGAAGGAGUGCUGGAAGAGGCAGAGGUAUAGUAGGUGGACUUUCUGGCAUGAGAUGCAGUAUUCGGGGGUGACGAUCUUUACGGCUGUUAUUUUCUUUGGGGCGUUUUUUGUGUAG